ACUUUGGAAGUGGAGUGGAAGGCAAUAAAAGAAGCACCUUUCCUUGCUCUCCCUCUUCUUACUUUGCCUCGUCGGCCCUCUACUGGUGCUGCCACUCCUCUUGCUUACGCUGAUUUGUUUCUUCUUGGGUGGUACAUGAGGAGAGGGGACUGGAGGAGGAAGUGCGACGUGCGAAGCUGGGAAACGCGGGGGAGCUGCUGGGAAUCUUUGACUGCAUCAAUGAGGUCACCGCGGCGAUCGCGGCGGCAGCGUCGGCGGGAAUGAGCAACCGGGCAUACCGGGUGGAGACCGCGCCGCGGCUCGCGCAAUGGCGGAUCGAUACCCUCUCCGCCUGCACUUACCGCAAGUCCGACCCCUUCAAGAUCGGCCUCUGGAACUGGUAUCUCGCAGUGGAGAAGAACAAACAACUGUAUGUGAAGCUAUACCCUGAGGUUUCGAGCCUGACAAGAGAGCGUCCGCCCAUUGCCUCCUUCGUCAUCAAGAUCGUCUCCCCCUCCGCUCCCGACCGCAAGACUCUCACCCAUCCAGGAAUCUGUGACAUGCAGCUCAAGAACAGCGACGAGUUUGUGUGGGCAACUGACACCUUGUUUACCGGCAGGAUCAUAAUUGACGUCGAGUUCCUUGAUCUAAAGAUUGUACCUCCAUCCGGUGGCGAGCCUUCUUCCAUUUGGGACAGUUCUGAGGUGAAGCAGCAUUCAGAGACCACUGCACUCGCCCCUCUUAGCCGGAUGCUGGCCGACGGUAUCCACACCGACAUCACGGUCAAUGCCGCUGAGGGCAGCAUCGGAGCACACCGUGCCGUCCUCGCGACGAGGUCCCCCGUCUUCCGUAGCAUGUUCUCCCACGACCUCAAGGAGAAGGAGCUUUCGACUGUGAACAUAUCCGACAUGUCCUUCGGGGCUUGCCAGGCUUUCCUCAACUACAUCUACGGCAGCUUCCGGGCCGACGAGUUCCUCACCCACCGCCUCGCGCUCCUCCGAGCCGCCGACAAGUACGAUAUCUCCGACAUGAAGGAGGCAUGCCAUGAGAGCCUCCUCGAGGACAUUGAUACGAAGAACGUGAUGGAGAGGCUCCAAACUGCCCAUCUCUACCGUUUGCCGAAGCUGAAGAGCAGUUGCAUGAGAUACCUGGUGAGCUUCGGAAAGAUCUACGAGAUCCCUGAAGACUUCAAUGCCUUUCUGCAGAGUGCCGAUAGGGAACUCAUCGCUGAAAUAUUUCAGGAGGUUCUUGCUGCCUGGAAAGGACUGUAAGACCAUUAAUGGCCGAGAUCAAGCUAGUUUGACCUGAUGAUACCGUCCGGUCGACCGGGAAAUACUGUACAGGAUCUAUUAUAUAUCACGAAAUGCGUCCAUUAAUUGCUGAGGUCAAGCAAAACUCUGUAUCCAUCACUUCCAAGUCUGUGCUCUACGAGUCGCAACUCUAUUGCUUGUUCU